AUGCUCGAACCACGAGGCACCAGCAACAACAAUGGAACAAACACUCCAACCUACCCCUACCAGGACCCCAACCUCUGCAUCGCCGACCGAGUAGAAGACCUCCUCUCACGCAUGACGCUCGCCGAAAAGGCAGGCCAACUCUUCCACACGCAACUCCAGAUGGGACCCAACGGCACGCUGGACGAAGGCGACCCCGCGACGCGGCGCAACAGCACAGAAGACAUGAUCGGUACGAAACUCAUGACGCACUUCAACCUGCUGGGCUCCGUCUCCAACGUUCGCGAGGCAGCAGAAUGGUACAACCGCGUGCAGACCCGCGCGCUGCAGAACCGACUCGGGAUCCCCAUCACCCUGAGCACCGACCCGCGGCACUCGUUCACCGAGAACCUGGGCACUGGAUUCCAGGCGACGUCGUUCUCGCAGUGGCCGGAGAGUCUGGGGCUCGCCGCACUGCGAGAUCCGGACGUCGUGCGGAAGUUCGCAGAGGUCGCGAGGGAGGAGUACAUGGCGAUUGGGAUCCGGUCCGCGCUGCACCCGCAGAUCGACCUCUCGACGGAGCCCCGCUGGGCGAGGAUAGGAAACACAAUGGGCGAAGACGCGGACCUCACCAGCGCGCUCGUCGUCGCCUACAUCCAAGGGUUCCAGGGCGACGAACUCGGCCCGCACUCUGUGACCACCGUGACGAAGCACUUCCCGGGUGCUGGGCCCAUGGAGAACGGCGAGGACUCGCACUUCGUGUACGGCAAGAACCAGACAUACCCGGGUAACAACUUCGAAUACCACCUCAAGCCCUUCAAGGCCGCCAUCGCCGCCGGCGCCAGACAAAUGAUGCCCUACUACUCCCGCCCCAUCGGCACCGCCUACGAAGAAGUCGGCUUCGGCUUCAACAAAGGCAUCGUGACCGACCUCCUCCGCACGCAACUCGGCUUCACCGGCAUCGUCGUCAGCGACUGGGGCCUGGUCACAGACGCCAUCAUCCGCGGACAAGACAUGCCCGCCCGAGCCUGGGGCGUCGAGCACCUGUCCGAGCUCGAGCGCGCCGCGAAAGUCCUCCACGCGGGCGUCGACCAGUUCGGCGGCGAGCAGCGCCCGGAACUCAUAAUCCAACUCGUCGAGUCCGGCGUCGUGCCCGCCUCACGCAUCGACGACUCCGUCCGCCGCCUGCUCGCCGAGAAAUUCACCCUCGGCCUCUUCGACAACCCCUUCGUCGACCCGGACGCCGCCGCCGCCGUGGUCGGGAACCCGUACUUCGUUCGCCUUGGGCAGGAGGCCCAGCGAAACGCCUACACGCUUCUCACCAACCCGACUAACCUCCUCCCGUUAUCCCCCUCUCCCGCCUCAACCUCCCCCCUGAAAUUCUACGUCGAGGGCAUCGACGCAAGCCACCUCGAAGCCCGCAACCUCACCGUCGUGCCCACCCCCGAGGACUCCGACAUCGCGCUGCUCCGCCUCCAAGCACCCUUCGAGCCCCGACCCGGCGGCUUCGAAUCCGCCUACCACGCCGGCUCGCUCGCGUUCAACGCCUCCGAGGUCGCCCGCCUAUCCCACAUCUUCACCACCACCCGGGCAAUCGUGGACAUCAAGCUCGACCGGCCGGCCGUGAUUCCCGAGGUAGCGGAGGGUGCGGCCGCGCUGCUGGCCAGCUACGGGAGCGGGCCGGAGGCGUUCCUGGACGUGGUGUUUGGGGCUGGGGGCGCGAGGCCCAGGGGAAAGCUGCCGUUUGAUUUGCCGAGGUCGAUGGAGGCGGUGGAACAGUCGAGGGAGGAUGUGCCGUUUGAUACGGUGGAUCCGGUGUUUAGGUUUGGUCAUGGGUUGGAGUAUGGGAGGGAGUGUUAG